AUUUUUAUUACAAUUUAUAAUUUUUGUUUAGAGGAAAUUACACAAACAGAACGCAUGUGUCUAGUUGAUCACUGUUUGCAUAAUUAAAAGUACUCCAAUUUAACUGUCCAAAAUGAUACGAUUAAUUUUCCAUAUCGUUGGUGCGAUACAAUUUUUCUAUGGGUGUUAUUAUGAUCAUACAUAUGUAAAAAUUCCGAGUACUUCUACUAAUGUGACCCCAUUUGCUGGAAAAUUAAAAUAUUUAACAUUUCUGAAUGCAAUAUUACAAACUGUGUACUUCACUAUUGCAGUAUCAAAUGAUAUAUUUGGAACAAAUGAGCCGGCACCUUCACACAAACCGGUGUUGAGGCGCAUCAAAGAUACCAUGUUUAGUACCUUAGCAUUUCCUAUGGCUUUAUUUGUUGGUGUUACAUUUUGGGGGAUAUAUGCUGUUAAUAGAGAAUUGAUUCUCCCUAGAGCUAUGGAUCCUUUUUUCCCAAUUUGGCUGAACCAUGUGAUGCAUUCAAAUAUUGUAUUGUUUACUCUUAUCGAACUUGCCACAUCAUUUAGAAUGUAUCCUAGUAAGAAGAAAGGUUUGACAAUAUUAUGUACAUUUAUGUUGUCCUAUGCAGUUUGGGUUCACUAUAUUUAUUUCAGAACUGGUAGCUGGGUAUAUCCUAUACUUAAUGCACUUAAUUGGCCACUAAGAAUAGCUUUCUAUGUGUUCAGUUUAAUCUUUAUAUGUGGCUUUUAUUCUUUGGGCGAGAAUUUAAAUAAGCUUGUGUGGUCUAAAGAAGUAGAAUCCACAGUUAAAUCUGGAAAGAAGAAAGCUAAAUAAUGGCACUUGCUAUUCCUAUAUUUAUUUUAAUUUAUCAUAAAGGUGCAUACACUGCUGCUCAACACAAUUAAAAAAAUCUUAUGUAAUUCAAAUAGUAAUCUAAGAAAAUGACCCCAAAAGCAAUAAUAGUCAUACAAAU